AUGGGCUCCCGGAGGCCUAAUGGAGUGGAGCCCGGUCUGUUUCAAUACAGUCCAAAACAGGCACUUCCCAAAGUACUUCCCCAGGAAGACAUGGGACACGCAUUCAUGCUGCUCUUUUAUCUUGCCGGAUGUCUGGUUGCCGUAUUUGGGUAUCCAAGUGGACAAAUUAGUGCCUCCUGUGAAACCAUGCUUCCAGUACAUGGGAAUAAUGGUCCCCAGUCAUCAGCAGCCCUUUUUGUCAUCACAGCAUCUAGUAACAGUUUCAAACCUGGCGACACUAUAACAGUAACCAUAAAAAACAAUGGAUCUUCAAAUGGUUUUAAAGGGUUCCUUUUAGAGGCUCGAUCAUUGGGAGGAAAUUGGAUAACUGGAACAUUCAGCACUACAGGUAGUAAUGCUCAAACACUAACUUGCAGCGAAGGAGCGAACACAGCUGUCAGCCACACCAACGAUAACUUAAAACAGUCUGUCACGGCUAUAUGGACGGCUCCCCAGGGAGCAGGACCUGUGCGCUUCACAGCAACUAUAUUAAGUAGUUAUAAUACCUUCUGGACUAACGUUAAGAGUGACAUCAUUUCAGCAUCACAGAUCUCAAAUGUCACCUGUGGUACUCAGAAGUUUUGCUUGAGUGAUCCGGUGAGCUGCAGUCCAGAUAACAGCAGUUGUUUGUUCAUGUCUUCAUCUCCCUCCAGUGAUGAUACUGGCUAUGUGUUUGAAAUGAGUGGCUCAACUCCGGGAUAUGUGGCUAUUGGGUUCUCAGAUGAUACAAGCAUGGGUAAUGAUGACAUUUAUAUCUGUACACAAAAUUCAUCGGGAAGCAUUCUAGUACAGCAUGGGUAUAACACAGGAAAAGUUGCACCUCUAACAAACCUCACAAAUACAGCGGGGUCUAUUGUUGCAUCCUAUACAAAUGGUAUAUUGAAAUGUUCCUUUAUUACUCAGAGUGCCAUUUCUACUCAGCAGCGAUCCAGCACCAAUACAAACUAUUAUGUUUUCCUGGUCCGUGGGCCGUUAGAUACUAGUGGACAAAUUCUGAAGCAUACUAAAACUCUAAUAUCCAGCUCUAAUGUUGACCUGUCAAGUACAACUGCAUCCAGCGCACAGAGUGGAACAAGUUCUUUAGUUCUCGGUCAUGGUGCACUAAUGCUCAUUGCCUGGAUGACUACUGGCAGUAUUGGGAUGGUCAUGGCUCGCUAUAUGAAGAGUGCAGCUGGCAAGCCAUUCCUUGGGAAAGCCAUAUGGUUCCAGACUCACUACUUCCUGAUGAUAUUGACUGUAAUUCUUACCAUAAUAGCAUUUAUCAUGAUCUUUGCUGAGGUUGCUGGCUGGAGUGGUGACGCAGGUGCCCAUCCUGUCCUUGGGUGUAUUGUAAUGAUCCUGUCAUUUUUCCAACCUAUUGCUGCACUCUUCCGUCCGGACCCGAAGCAUGAAAAGCGCUUCAUCUUCAACUGGGGACACAGACUCAAUGCACUGGUUAUAAAGGUGCUUGCAGUGGCCACCAUCUUCCUUGGGUUGAAUCUGAUAGACACAAGCCCCAACCUAUGGAUGGCCAAGGUUAUGGGUGGAUUUUUUGCAUGGGAGUUUCUUUUUUAUAUCAUCCUGGAGACUAAUGUGCACUUGAAAGCAAAAAAUGUAUAUGAAGAUCCUGAUGGUAAGGCCCACCCGGAAUCAGUAGCUCUCGGGGUAUUCAUCUUUGGAAACCUGGUAUUCCUUAUAGCCUUACUGGUUGGCAUUGGACAAUCUUAAUUUAAUGUUUGGGUAAACCUUUUCAUUGCCAAAAGACUAUUUACAACAGUAGAAGGAAAUCAUUGUAACUAAGAGAUUCUACUUUAUUUGUGAAUGACCAAAGUCCAUAUUGGAUGCGUCCAGACACAUACUGAUGGUUCACUGUGUGCUGCAUGCAUGUAAAGUG